AUGGCACCAAUGUCCACCACAGUUACAUCCAAAGAUGGUGGAAGAAAAGUCGGGUUUGUAAGCGCAGGAGUCAUCGCACAGUCUGGUGAGAAUGCAGGAAAACCAGUUACAGUAAAUGGAGAAGAUAUUGAGCUUCCUGAUGAGAGUGAUGAGGAUGAGUCUGAUGGAGAAGACAAUGUAGAGAUUGCUCAGAAAGAAGUCCCUGCUGCUGUCUUUGGAGGACUUGCCAGAAAGAGAGAUGAAGAUGGUAAAGAAGCCGAGGAAGACGCUGCAGGUAAGACUCUGGGUGCUUUAGAGAGGAUAAAGAGACAGAAGCUAGCUCAAUGA